ACCUCAGAUGGUCAACUAUACAGCAACUAUACAAUGAAGACCACGACAUUGAUUCAACGACUUGCAGCUACAAGCCUGAGCCCAUCAAAGACCUAUAGGCGAUACCAUCUUCCAUCCUCGUCAGGCCCCAGCGGACAGCCACCCUCGAUAUCGGAUCAAUAUGACAAGUUCUACCGGUACACAAGCGGCCGCUGGCUCUGGGACGAAGAAAAGCAACUCCAGGACCGAUUCACACCGUUCAAUGUACCGGAGCUCCAGCGUAUCGCGGCCACAAGCAUUAAAGCCAACAAGUGCGUUGCCAUGACGAAGCUGGCAGAAGGCUCUUUUAACAAGACCUUUCAUCUCAGGAUGGACAACGGGUCUACUCUCGUUGCCAGGAUACCUCACCCCAUUGCGGGACCAAAAUACUAUACCACUGCAUCAGAAGUCGCCACGAUGGAUUUUGUAAGACCAAAGUUGCCUUUCUUGCCUGUAGCAAGUUACAAGUUGUUUGAACAUCGCUGGCUUACUCUACCUCUACUACAGGCUCGUACAGUGCUCCAGAUACCCGUCCCGCAGGUCUAUGCGUGGAACCCACACGUCGAUAACCCCGUUGGCGCCGAGUAUAUCAUCAUGGAGGAAGCUGUGGGGACAAAACUAGAGGAUGUAUGGCAUGAUCUGUCUCUAGAAGACAGACUUAAAAUCGUAGAGGAUCUGGUAUCGAUUGAAAGUAAGCUUCUUUCAGUAUCUUUCAGCAGAUAUGGGAAUCUCUAUUACUCUGGCCAGGCAGUCCCCGGGGCUGUGGUCGCUGACGUUGUGAAUGAUACAGCACCGGCGCUUAAAAUGGACGUGAAGAAGCGGUUUGCUAUUGGCCCUGUUGUAGCAAGGGAUUUCUGGACCAAAGAACGUUCUCUGAUGGAUAUAGAUCGGGGUCCAUCACGCCGUGAACAGAAGUGGAUUGAACAAUACGCGGUUCCCGAGCCUGCCACCGAUCCAUCCACGACCCCUACAGCACAAAAUUCCCCCGAAGCCCAUCUUUCUCUUCUCAAAAAGUACUUACAAGUGGCCCCUUAUCUCCUGCCCACUGAUGACCCAGAUCUCGUUGCAUCUACCAUCUGGCAUACAGAUCUCCAUGCCGGCAACCUCUUUGUGGACAAAGGCCAUAUCACUAGCGUGAUUGAUUGGCAACAAGCUUGGGCUGGGCCCCUAGUUCUUCAAGGCCGUCACUCACGUCUAGUUAAUUAUGACGGGGAUAUAAUUUUGAAACCGCCGCCGAAUUUCAAGGAGCUUGAACCGAGUGAGAAGGCCCAGUUGAAAAAGCAGAUCGCCAGUUCCAGAAUUCUUUAUCUUUAUGAACUGCAGACAGCGAAACGCAACACUAGUCUCAACAAAGUCUUCCGUUUGAAGUUCGGGCGAGUAAGGUGCCAGCCUAUAAGCUUUGUUGGCGACACCUGGGACGACGAUAUUCUGCCAUUGCGCGAAUCACUGAUAAAUGUGGAAAGAUAUUGGCAUGAGCUUGGAUUCAACUUUGCGUGUCCAAUUCACUUUACACAGGACGAGCUCCGGAGACACGCAGAGGAUGGAGAAGGAUGGAAUGAAGCGCAAGACUUUUGGAAAGCUAUAGCGGGAAUCGUCGCGCGUGAUGGAUGGACUCCACACGGCAUGUAUGAUGAGGCUGUGGCUCUUUUUGCUGAACUCAGGGAACUCGGGUUAGAGAACAUGAAGGGAAAGGAGAGAGAUGAAUUUGAAGCACAGACACGGUGGGCAGAGAGCUCUUCCCAGAGCCAUAAUGAAGGAUGA